AUGGGCCGGACCACAUAUCAUGUGGCGCGGGUGUGUAGGUACGACGCUGCAAAAAGUGGAUACUAUACGCCCGAGCGUCCGCAGGAUAUUCCAAAGUUCCGCGAUCAUCUCGAGUCCGAAAUCGAGUCGGAAAGCCCAGGUAGUAAGAGACCUCCAAGCCAUUCUCACUCGUGGACGCAGGAGGAGUACGAUCAUCUAUACGAGCUGAAGGCGUCCGGCUGUAGUCUCCAAGAGAUGGCGAAAAAGUUCGGUCGCUCAACAACCGGCGUGAGAAGUUACAUGCUGCGCACAGGCAUCCUCUUGCCUGGCGAAACUCUCCAAGAAAUGCUGUGGUCGCAGGCUGAUUAUGAUCGUCUACGAGAGCUUCAAGCGUCCGGUCUGACGUUCUCAGAGAUCGCGGCAAAGCUGAAUCGCUCACAGACCAGUGUAAUCAUUGCGUUGAAGCGCCUGGGCAUCUAUAAACCGCCCUCCACCUACACGAAACCUCGGCGGCGAAAAUGGUUGCAGGCUGAGCAGGAUCGUAUGGUGGAGCUCCACGCAUCCGGCAUGAAAUUGGCGCAGAUCGCCAGAGAGCUGAAUCGGUCUUAUGAAACGGUCAAGGCUGCAAUGCACCGGCACACUCAAGGCGCCCAGAAGAAGCCAAGGACGUAUGAAUAUUACUCUGCCAGCGACGAUCAGCUGAUCAUGAAUCUCUUGAAAGAGGGCAAGACAAUCAAGGAGAUCCACGCGAGAAUGCCCGAGAGACCUCUUUCAUCAAUCGGACGUCGAGCGUCGAAAAUGGGGUAUCGUGAAGCUCCCGUGGAACGAGCGUGGACGAGCGAGGAUGUUGAUAUGCUCUUUGAUUUGAGAGCAAAAGGGCGCACAUGGGCCCAGGUUGCCGCUGCUUUUCCACAGCGCAGGUCCGUCGCAGCUUGUCAGGCAAAAUUUUACGCUCUGAGUGGGUUUGGGAUACAGAACGAGGCUGGUUGA